AGAGAGCAAGUUCCAGGACAGGCUCCAAAGCUACACAGAGAAACCCUGUCUCAAAAAAAAAAGGGGGGGGGAUUUCAUUAGGAAGUACAGCCAGCCCCAACCAUGGUUUUGAUACAUUCAACAAAUGUAUCCGAAACCAAGAUUCUUCUUUUAAAAAGACUAUACAUAUGUACCUAUAUAUAAAUAGAUUUAAAUAUAAAUAUAAAAUUAAAUAUGUGCUUUUUUUUUCCCUGUUGUGGGUGUGGAUUGGGGUAUGUGUGCUGUGAUUUGAGAAUGUAGAGGCUGGAGAGCAAGUCCUCUCCUACCUUGAAGUAGAUUCCGGGGCUCAAGCCUAGGUCUCUAGGCUCACACUGCUCACACCAGCACUCGCUGAGCCAUCUCAAUGGCCCUCUUUGUAGCCAGGGGGCCUGACUUCCUACAUAGCCAAGGCUGCUCUUGACCUGAUUCUCCUGUGCCUGCCUCCCUAGUGCUAGGCUUGCAGGUGAGUGAUCACGCCUGGCUCUCUUAGUCUUGGGUCUGAGUAGCCCAGGCUGGCCUUGACUGUUCCUGGGGGAUUGUGUUCCUCCCAUUCUGAAGCUCCUUUUCUUUUUCUGUUCCUCUUCCUUUCUGUUUUUAAGUUUGACAGUUGUAUUGGAGUUUAAAAGAAAGCCCCGAAGGCAGGCAGAGUGUAAAGUUUAGGAAAACAAUCUGUGCCUUUAAAAGUGGCACAGAGGUCAGAUACGUGGUGGAUUGUCAGCUACUUGGCAGGGAGCCAAGUUUUAGAGGCUUUAGAGACGUAAGGAAGCUCACAGUAUUGGGGAGAAACCCAAAUUGUUAAGGAAAGUAUGUUUAGAGAAAAGACAGAGGAAAGAAAGCCAAGGAAAAGUUACAUUUUUCUGACUAAUUCAGUCCUGCAUCAAUGUCAGAGCCAAGGCCGAGUAGCAGCCGUGAGCCGGGUCAGUUCUGCCUUUCCUGUUCUUGGUGAGCACAAUGCAGCCACGCUUUCCUCACUGUGGACUUUUGGUGUGGUUACACUUCUGUAAAAGUUUUUUAGAUUUAUGGGUGUGAAUGUUGCCUGCAUGUGUGGCACAUGUAUGCCCAGUGCCCACAGAGUUCAGAAGAGGGCAUUGAUUCCCUAGAGUUGCAGUUACAAGUGGCUGUGGGCCACCAUGUGUGUGCUGGGAACCGAACCCAGAUCUUCCACAAGAGCAGCAAAUACUCCUAACUUCUCAGCCAUUUCUCCAUCACUUUAAAUUUUUUUUAGUAGAAGAAAAAAUAGGAUAAUAUAAACAAUAUCAGUGUUUUCCACGUUCUUAGAGGUAAGUAUUAUUUUGAGGUAACUCUGUUUCACUUGUAAUCCAUGCAUGUAUAUCUACACGGACAUUUCAGUUGGGUGCAGUGCCAGCUCUGCUUUUAGUACUCUGAGGUUAGAAAGGCUUUCCAGGUCUAGGGUGUCACUGUCUAUGGGCUGCUGCUAGCCGGGACAGUAGCAACCUUCCAGUCACCUGUGCUCUGCAGUACUGGUUUGUACAUGUCCAGUUUGACUAGAGUUUGGUGGGGCGGGGGAGGUUGAUACAGGGUUUCUCUGUGUAACAGCUCUGUAAAAAAUUUUUUUAAUUUGUUUUUUCAUUACAUAUAUAGUGUUCUGCCUUCAAGCGUGCCUGCAUGCCAGAAGAGGGCACCAGAUCUCAUUUACAGAUGGUUGUGAGCCACCAUGUGGUUGCUGGGAAUUGAACUCAGGACCUCUGGGAGAGAGCAGCCAGUGCUCUUAACCUCUGAGCCAUCUCUCUAGCGCCCUAGAACUUUUUUUUUUUUUUUUUGUCAUGACUUUGUGUUUAAAUAGCAGUUGUGAUUCGUGGUUGUUUUCUCGGACCUCAUAAGUUUAGAAGAUGGUCGUCUGAGUAGAAUAGUGGACCUCACAGGUUUAGAAGAUGGUCUUCUGAGUAGAAUAGUGGCUCAGUUAGCAGGUAGAUAAUGGGGCUGAGUCAUUGAGGAUGAGUGAUAAAACUGUCACCAGGUUCCUUAGAAUCAACCCUGAUUGGGGACUUUUGUCUGUUGAUUGGUUGGGGCUUUUUGGGGCAUGAUCUCAAACUUAAUAUAUAGCCAAGGAUGACCUUGAGCUGAUCCCCACGCCCUCACCUCUAAAGUGCUGAGACACAGGUGUGUACCACCGCGUCCUGUUCUAAUUAUUGUUUAAUUCUAAAUAAACUGCAACGUUUAAGAAAAAUAGUGGUUUUGUAAUUCUUUAAUGUAUUUGCAGAAAAAAAUUGUGCUUUGUGAAAAUUGAGACAUGAAGUUUAAAGAGGCGUUUGAGGAGAAAAUCUUUGUUCCUUUUGAUUUUCCUAUCUUUGUUGGAAUUGGGCAGACCAAGGCUGCCGAGCUACCAGUUCUGUGACCUUAGACCUAUGCAGAGAUGGACCCCACCACAGCAGCCUUGGAAAAGGAACAUGAGGCGAUCACCAAAGUGAAGUAUGUAGACAAGAUCCACAUUGGGAACUACGAGAUCGAUGCCUGGUACUUCUCACCCUUCCCAGAAGACUACGGGAAGCAGCCCAAGCUUUGGCUCUGCGAGUACUGCCUCAAGUACAUGAAGUACGAGAAGAGCUACCGCUUCCACCUGGGCCAGUGUCAGUGGCGGCAGCCCCCAGGGAAGGAGAUCUACCGCAAAAGCAACAUCUCUGUGUAUGAAGUGGAUGGCAAAGACCACAAGAUAUAUUGUCAGAACCUGUGUCUGCUGGCCAAGCUUUUCCUGGACCACAAGACCUUGUAUUUUGAUGUGGAGCCCUUUGUCUUUUACAUUCUGACAGAAGUAGAUAGGCAAGGGGCCCACAUUGUCGGCUACUUUUCUAAGGAGAAGGAAUCCCCAGAUGGAAACAAUGUGGCCUGCAUCCUGACACUGCCCCCCUACCAGCGACGUGGCUAUGGAAAGUUUCUCAUUGCGUUCAGUUAUGAGCUCUCCAAGCUGGAGAGUACUGUAGGCUCUCCAGAGAAGCCACUGAGUGACCUGGGCAAACUCAGCUACCGAAGCUACUGGUCAUGGGUCUUGCUGGAGAUCCUACGAGACUUCCGGGGCACAUUGUCUAUCAAAGAUCUUAGCCAAAUGACCAGCAUCACCCAGAACGACAUCAUCAGCACCCUGCAGUCCCUCAACAUGGUCAAGUACUGGAAGGGCCAGCAUGUGAUCUGUGUCACCCCUAAGCUGGUAGAAGAACACCUCAAAAGUGCCCAGUAUAAGAAACCACCGAUCACAGUGGACUCUGUCUGCCUCAAGUGGGCACCCCCGAAGCACAAACAAGUCAAGCUUUCCAAGAAGUGAGUGGGCUGUUCCCUGCUUUGGAUCUGCGUUUCCUGUCGUUAACCUGUAAAUAUGUGUACGGACCUGUUUUGUGUCAUUUUUUUUUUUAAUAAAGUAAAGUCUGCUGGUGUGCUGGACUUUGGAGGUACAAAGGA